AUAUUCUUUAAUUCAAAGGAGUGGAAAUUAAACAUGAAAGAAAAAAUAUCAAUGUUUUCAAGCAUUGAAAAAGUAAAGUUUGAUAAGACUUAAUUCCUGGUGUUUAAAUACGUUCUAUUGACAGUUAUUGGCUUUGUGAAGAAGUUGUUCAUUUACAUUUAUCAAAGAGUAGUUGAAUCUGGAAUAUUUCUUACAUUUCAGCGACUAUUUGAACGUUUGUAGAACAACUUUGGAAUAAAUAAACAGAUGUGUCUAUGGCUCAUCCUUAGGAAUUCUAACGUUACAGUAAUCGUUUACAAGCGAACCGUUGCAGCCUUUCGCCAGUGUAUUGCUAUUUCGCCCACAGCAAUGUCAACAACUAUAACUUUUUUAUAUUGGAUGACACUUCUUAAGGCACGGUGACAAUAAUACCGCAUCCGGCUACCCUCAUUGUAAACAAUGCGUCACAGAAGUACCUUAUUCGCAAUUUUGUGUUUAUGUCUAAAAACUGCAGCUCUACAAGAUAAUAUUGUAGAUUUAGACUUACGUAAUGGCGUCGUUAAAGGAUACAGUCCUUAUAUAUCUUUUGUUCAACAACCAACCAAGAGUGGUAGUUUUUCAUGUGAUAAACAAGUAGUUCUUAAAAUUGAUUUCUCUGGGAAGUACGAUGGAGCUAGAUUCAUGUUUGAAUAUGGAGAACCUCCAAGAAUGUGGACCAUUGAUAUUUCAGAUUCUCCAACAGGAGACGGUUUCGGGGGAGAUAAUGGAACCACGAGUAAUAUGGCAGAAAUGCAAGUACAUAAUAAGCAACUUCGUAUAUAUGGCAAUAAUUUGAAAGGUCAUAUGGAUGCUUCGUCAGAUGGUGGGCUCUUGAUUCGAACUAUUGAUGACUUUAUUAGAAAAGGGUCACGUGUCAAAAUGGAUAUAAGUGAUGAAAGACUCGAAUAUAAGUCAGGAAAAACGAAGGAUUAUAUAGAAUCAAGAUUUUUAUAUACACUAAAAGGACAAGACACGGAAUAUGGAUUAAAAGAUUAUAGUGUUUAUGUUGGUUUAAAUCGUGUCGUAGCCGGAAGUUACAGAAGCGGAAGUGGCCUAUGCAGGGCGACCAUUACAUUGUAUUCAUUGCCCGAGGAUGCAUGCAAAAAAGGAACUCAUGACUGCCACAAAGAUGCCAUAUGUAUUAGUACUAGAAAAAGUUAUACUUGUAAAUGUAAUCCAGGUUAUUAUGAUGACAAAAAAGUUUGUAAAGACAGAGACGAAUGCAAUUAUGAUAAUGGAGGCUGUGUUCAUUUUUGUCAUAAUACUCCAGGAAAUUACACGUGCAGUUGCAAACCAGGUUUCAUUCUCGACAAAGAUGGCCAGAAUUGUAUAGAUGAGAAUGAAUGCUUUACGGCCAAAGGUGGAUGUCAGCACCAGUGUGUAAACAGCAUGGGAAGUUAUGAGUGUAGAUGUAAUGCUGGCUACUCCUUAUCUCCAGCAGAUACCAAAUCUUGCCAAUUUGGACGUUGGUGUCAGGACCGAUUGAAAUGUGAACAUUUCUGUCAGACAAAUGGUAUAUGUGGAUGUAGACAAGGUUAUAGAUUACAUUCCGAUGGCAAGCACUGCUUACGUACAUGUUCUGCGGGAAAUGGUGGUUGUCAACAUAACUGUACUGUUACAGCAGAGGGUACGGCAUGUAUAUGUGCUCCUAAAUAUUUACUGAUGAGUGACCAAAGAACUUGUGUCGCUACAUGUGAAGUAAACAAUGGUGGUUGUGAUAGAAAAUGUACUGACUCACAAAAGGGUCCGACGUGUUCGUGUCCAAAAGGCUAUAAACUUCAUCAAGAUGGACGGACGUGUCUAGAUGUGGACGAAUGUGAGAUAAAUAACGGCGAGUGUAGCCACCAGUGUGUGAACAAUGUUGGUAGUUAUGAAUGCGUUUGUCCUAAAGGAUUCAAAGUUGAAAUAAAUCAGCGAAAUUGUGUAGAUAUAAACGAAUGUGAGGUAAACAGUACCUGUGAUCACACGUGUGUCAAUACCCCUGGAAGUUAUCAUUGUCAAUGUGACAAAGGAUAUCAACUGUACGGAAUAACACAUUGUGCAGAUAUAGACGAAUGUUCCAUUAACGAUGGUGGAUGUGAAAAUAACUGCGAGAAUACUGAAGGUGGAUUUAGAUGUAGUUGUAGAAAUGGAUUUAAACUACAUUCAAAUGGAAAGGAUUGCAUCUCAAACAACAUAUGUGAUACACUGACACAACCGAGUAAUUCGCGAUUAAACUGUAAUAAACAAGGAGAUAAAGAAACAUGCGACUUUCAAUGUCAAAGAACGGCAAAAUCAGCUACAACGAAAGACAAUUUUGCACUAGAAUGUGGUCCUAAUACAGAAUUCAAAUGGAAAUUUGGUAACUCAACUGUGACGUCACUUCCUCAUUGUUCCAAAACUAUAAAAGGACCAAAAUUGAAAAGAACUGUCACAUUCUUGUUUGUGGCAGACAAAUGUCGAACAAGGAGAAGUUUACGUGAGCUGAUAAGAAGGAACAUAACACAACAGUUAAACGAACAGAAAAAGUAUAAUUGCCGUCAGACGUGUAAUGUGAAUACUGUUGAGAUAGAUUGCAAUGCUAGACUCCCAAAGAGAUUCAGAAAAUAUAAAAAAGCUAAGCAGGCUGUUGUGGCGGCUGAACUUGAAAUGGAAAUUGAUUCUUUGCCUGUUAAAGGAAAAUGUGAUGCUGCAUGUACAACAAAAAGGACUGAACGUCGAAUGAAGAAAGCACUGAAAAAGAUGAGAAAAGCAGCAAAUAAGAAAGAUUUUUUCUUUAGAUAUGAUAAUGCUGAUCGGUAUAUUCUUAAAAAGUCCUUAAAAUUUAAGAAAAAGGUGGAUUUCUCUUGUUCCGACGGUUUCUUGUUAGUCGGAGAAGCAUGUGUGGCGUGCAGUGUUGGAACAUUCUUUGACAAGAAACAAAAGCAAUGUAAAAUCUGUCCAAGAGGAACUUAUCAAGAUAAAGAGGGACAAACAUUGUGCAAUUUAUGUCCACAAGUCAAACUUGGUAUAGGAAUACUUGGAGCUGUCAACGUAACACAAUGUACAGUUUUAUGUCAACCUGGGUCGUAUUCCAAAGAUGGUAUGUUACCUUGUCUUGACUGUCCAAAAAGUUUCUAUCAGUCUGAAUAUGGUCGACUUAGGUGUGUUCCUUGCGGAGGAGGACUGGAAACUACUGGUUUAGGAUCACGCAGCUUCAAACAAUGCUCUACUAAAGCUACUUGUUCACCAGGCCAUUUCUACGAUAUACAAACACACACUUGUAAAGUGUGUCCUACAGGAAGUUAUCAGAUGGAAUAUGGCCAGAACUAUUGCACAGCUUGUCCUGGAGAUACCAUUACAGAUGAAGAUGCAACCACUAAUGUUUCAGAAUGUAAAAACGCGGCAUGUGGUGGACUAAUUGGAAAGUUUCAUGGAUUCAUCCAAAGUCCAAAUUAUCCAGGAAACUAUCCAAACAACAGAGAAUGUAUUUGGAGAAUAAAACCUGGAAAGAAAAGAAGGAUCCUUGUCAUAAUUCCAGAAGUAUUUUUGCAACAGAUAGACAAAUGCGGUGACAUCUUAGUAAUGAGACAAUCAAAAAAGCCAUCUUCUCUAACAUCAUAUGAGGCAUGCGAGACCAAGGAACGACCUAUUGCCUUCACUUCAAGAUCCAAAAGGAUGUGGAUUCAGUUCAAAUCCGAUGGCAAAAAUACAGCAGCUGGAUUUUCUAUACCAUAUGUAACCUAUAAUGAGGAAUAUCAACCACUUAUAGAAGACAUUGUAAAAGAUGGAAGGCUAUACAAUUCAUAUCAACACCAACAUAUUUUAAAGGACAGGAAACUGUUGAAUGCGUUGAUGGAAGUGAUAGCACAGCCAUUGAAUUAUUUUAAGUAUGCAAAUGUAUCGCAUACACUAAUGCCACAGUCUUUUAUUAAAUUAUUGACUUCUAAAGUGAGAAGAUUCUUUUCCUCAUGACUAGACGUGGGGUAAUGAUUAAAUUCUGACAUUGUGUCAUUGUUAUAGUUCUUCAAAGUAGUGGCAGACACUGAAGGACUACAAACGCUUUCCAUUAACGAUGAACAAAGUGACACCAUAUGUACUUUAUACUCAAAGGAUCCAUCUUGCUGGUUCAAAAGAGUGAUGCUGUUAGACCGGAUCUGUGCGUUUGUACAUAUUGUAUGAUGAUACUAGAAUUAUGUACAUAAAUAUAAUGGUCAAUUUACAUUUAAAAUAUUGAUAGUUGUCAAACAACUUGUAAAUACGAUUCUCAAUUAUACAUCCCGGUCACUCUGUCGCCAUUAUUCAUUGUGUUCACUGAACUUAAAUUGAAUGGUAUUUAAUUUGUUGUAAAUGCUUCUAAUUACAUGUGCUGAAAUUCAAACUUAUUUUUAAUCCUAGUGCUGAGAAAAAAAGCGUUGGC